CUGGAAUGUGUCGAUCUCGCGUCACGUGACCCCAGAUCCAAAAUGGCCGCGUCGGUGUUUUGACGAAUAAUACUUUUGUGUUUGUUUCAUUCUUAACAGAAAGCGAAGAUAACCCUUCCCGAUCGAAAAAAAAAACAGCCACGCACGUUUGAUAUUUUAAUAUAAAGAUUCAAAUUAGACAAUCACAAGCCCAUUUAUAUUUGUUUUAUGGUUCAGAGUAUGCACUUUUGGUGUUUAUAAGAAAGCUAGCUGACUGGCUAGCAACACAAUUAAGCUGAAAAUUAAAAGAAAGGCAAUGGAGCAGCUCAGUCCUGAAGAGAUCCGUCGAAGGCGACUGGCCCGGUUAGCUGGAGGGCAGACAUCACAGCCCAGCACCCCCCUCAGCACCCCUUUGACAUCCCCACAGAGAGAGACUCCUCCAGGGCCCUUGCCCGGGCCCUCCGGGGCCUCACCACACCCUGUCCCACCAGCUCCAUCUCACACUCUGGGCCUAAAUGCCCAAAAUGUCACCCCUGCCACCUCUCCUAUGGGGGCCUCGGGGGUCGCUUACCGCAGCCAGAGCAGCGAAGGGGUCAGCUCUCUCUCCAGCUCUCCAUCUAACAGUCUGGAGACGCAGUCCCAAUAUCUGUCCCGCUCCCAAAGCAUGGACAUUGACACAGCCUCCUGUGAGAAGAGCAUGUCGCAAGUAGAUGUGGACUCAGGAAUUGAGAAUAUGGAGGUGGAAGACAGUGAUCGCAGAGAGAAAAGGAACCCAGCUGAAAAGGAUUCCUCAUCCAGUUCUGACGUCUCUGAAGAUCAGGCUUUGCACCUCAUCUGUAAGAUCUUGCGUGUCUCUUGGAAGGAGCAGGACCACGAUGUCAUCUUCCUCCCCUCACUUGCUGCUGAAUUCCAGAAGAACCCUAGGGAUGUUUACUCUGACUUCAAAGACCUGAUCGGACAGAUUUUAAUGGAGGCUCUAAUGAUGUCCACCCGAUCACGUGACUGUAACCCAUUCGCCAGCUUGACCGCCACAUCUCAGCCAAUUACCACUGCCAGAUCCCCGGACCGUCACCUGACUCUCAUUCCACCCUCCAGCCAGAGCGGCAGUCCCAUGAUACCCUGCGCUGGUUCAUUCGGUGCCAGCUCACUUUCCAGUCUUUACGGUUGUAGCCCUAACCCACUCGCUCUGAGCUCUGCCAGAAUGAGUGCUCCAUCUGUCCCACUGGCUUCUGCAGCCGCCCUCCCGGUUCCCCCAAGUCCUCCUGUCUCUCGCCCUCCCACCAGCCUUCCAACUCCCUCUCCAUCCGCCCCUCUGCCCAUCUCCCAGAGAUACAGGCCCUACUCCCUUAGCUCAUCCAUCCCCAUAAGCCCAAGCCCCAGAUCUACUCCAUCUGGUAUGCUUACGCCCCCUACAACUUCAGCUAUACCCUCCAGCCCUUCCCCCAGACACCAUAGCACCCAAACCUCCAUGCCUUUCCCCAUCCUCCCCAGCUCUCCCAGUACUAUGGCCAGAAGGACUGCGCUAGCCGCCCGGAUGCCCUCUAGCCCUUUCUCCCUCCUCUUCUUCGCCCUGUCCGACUUGCCUCAGGACAGCAGUGAUGAAGAGCUGGAGGAGGAAGAGGAGGAUUUUUCAAGGGUUCAGUUUGGGUCCAGCCUGGGCGCAUCCGGAGGGGGGAUGGCUGGUGACUCAGGUAGUGACCGCUUUACCAUUGAGUCCUGUAAAGAGACCGAGAUGCUCAACUACCUCAUCGAGCGUUUUGACAGUGUGGGAAUGGAAGAGAGGAAGGCCCCAAAGAUGUGCAGCCAGCCAGCUGUCAGUCAGCUGCUUAGCAACAUUCGUUCCCAGUGCAUUUCCCAUGCUGCUCUAGUGCUUCAAGGUGCCCUCACACAGGCCAGGCCCCCUCUACAGCCCUCCCUGCUGGUUCCCUACAUGCUGUGCCGGAACCUUCCGUAUGGCUUCAUCCAGGAGUUGGUGCGCAUGACUCACCAGGAGGGGGAGGUGUUUAAACAGAUCUUUGUUCCCAUUCUUCAAGGGCUUGCUUUAGCUGUAAAAGAAUGUUCUUUUGACAGUGACAACUUCAAGUUCCCUUUGAUGGCUUUGGCUGAGCUCUGUGAAAUCAAGUUUGGGAAGACUCACCCUGUAUGCAAUCUGAUCACCUCUCUGCCAUUGUGGUGUCCUGACCCGCUCAGUCCCGGGACAGGAAGAGAAAUUCAAAGACUUUCCUUCCUUGGAGCGUUCUUUAGUCUUUCAGUGUUUGCUGAGGAUGAUACUAAAGUGGGAGACAAGUACUUCUCAGGCCCCGCCAUCACAAUGGAGAACACCCGAGUGGUCAGCCAGUCACUGCAACAUUAUCUGGAGUCUGCGAGGGGAGAUCUGUUUAAAAUCCUGCACAACAUCUUGUUGAACGGAGAGACAAGGGAAGCAGCUCUGAGCUACAUGGCAGCUCUGGUGAACCGUAAUGUGAAGAAGGCUCAAAUGCAGACCGAUGAUAAGCUGGUGUCCACAGACGGCUUCAUGAUGAACUUCCUGUGGGUGCUGCAGCAGCUCAGUAUGAAGAUCAAGCUGGACACAGUGGAUCCUCUCUACAUCUUCCACCCCAAGUGUCGGCUGAAUAUCAGCACAGAAGAGACCAGGCUCAAUGCCACGAUGGAGGACCUGAAGAGCUGGCUCUCUGAGCUGCAUGAAGACCCGUCCAAGUUCUCGGAGCCCAAGUUCCCUACAGAGUGCUUCUUCUUAACGCUUCACGCACAUCAUCUGUCCAUCCUCCCGUGCUGUCGGCGCUACAUAAGGAGGCUGAAGGCCAUCAGGGAUCUGAACAGAACUGUGGAAGAGCUGAAGAACAGUGAGAACCAGUGGAAGGAUUCCCCAUUGGCAAGUCGUCAUCGAGAGAUGCUGAAGAGAUGUAAAACACAGCUGAAGAAACUGGUGCGCUCUAAAGCCUGCGCAGACGCCGGGCUCCUGGACGAGAACCUGCUCCGCAGAUGUCUGCAGUUCUUCAGUAUGGUCAUCCAGCUCAUCUUGCGUAUGGUGGAGCCUGCCUACCCACACGUAACCCUGCCUCUGAACCCAGAAAUCCCCAAAAGCUUUGCAGCACUGCCGGAGUUUUACAUCGAAGAUGUGGCCGAGUUCUUGCUUUUUAUUGUGCAGUACUUUCCACAGGUUCUUUAUGAGCCAUGCACUGAAGACAUUGUGACCUUCCUGGUGGUCUUCAUUUGCAGUCAGAAUUACAUUAAGAACCCAUACUUGAUUGCCAAGCUGGUGGAGGUGCUGUUCGUCACCAACCCUGCGGUGCAGCCGCGCACUCAACGCUUCUUUGAGGUGAUGGAGAACCACCCACUGUCAGUCAAUCAGCUUGUGCCAGCCCUCAUGAAGUUCUACACCGACGUGGAGCACACUGGAGCCACAAGCGAGUUCUAUGACAAGUUCACAAUCCGUUACCACAUCAGCACCAUAUUCAAAAGCCUUUGGCAAAACAUUAACCACCAAGGCACCUUCCUGGAGGAGUUCAACUCUGGCAAACAGUUUGUGCGCUACAUCAACAUGCUAAUUAACGAUACAACUUUUCUGCUGGACGAGAGUUUGGAGUCUCUGAAACGCAUCCAUGAGAUCCAGGAGGAGAUGAAGAAUAAAGAGCAGUGGGACCAGCUUCCCAGGGAGCAGCAGCAGAGCCGACAGUCCCAGCUGACUCAGGAUGAGAGAGUAUCACGAUCGUACCUGGCUUUAGCAACAGAGACAGUGGAUAUGUUCCAUAUCCUCACCAAACAGGUCCAGAAGCCCUUCCUCAGGCCUGAACUGGGUCCUCGUCUGGCUGCCAUGUUGAAUUAUAACCUGCAGCAGCUAUGUGGGCCUAAAUGUCGAGACUUGAAGGUGGAAAACCCAGAAAAAUAUGGUUUUGAGCCAAAGAAGCUCCUGGAUCAGCUCACUGACAUUUAUCUGCAGCUGGACUGUGCCCGAUUUGCUAAAGCCAUUGCAGACGAUCAGCGAUCAUACAGCAGGGAGCUGUUUGAGGAGGUCAUUUCAAAAAUGAGAAAAGCGGGCAUAAAAUCCACUAUUGCUAUUGAGAAAUUCAAACUGCUGUUGGAGAAGGUGGAGGAGAUAGUAGCCCGCAAUUCUCAGUCUGAGAUGGAUUACAGUGAUGCCCCAGAUGAGUUUAAAGACCCACUGAUGGACACUCUCAUGACUGAUCCCGUGCAACUUCCCUCUGGUAACAUCAUGGACCGAGCCAUCAUUCUGCGACACCUCCUGAACUCUCCCACUGACCCUUUCAACAGACAGCCUCUCACCGAGAGCAUGCUGGAACCAGUCCCAGAGCUGAAGAAGCGCAUCCAGGCCUGGAUGAGAGAGAAGCAGAGUGGCCGUGUUUGAGUGUUCUCAGUGAGCCAAGCUUGCCCCACAGUUUAAAUGUUUUCACCACGCUGGAAGUGAACUGAAGAGAGAGAAAGAGAAAAAAAUAUGACCCUACCUAAAUGGUUUCCCCCACCUUCAUCGAGCCACUGACUUGAAAGGCUCAUGGUUCAAAAUUGAAACAUAAUAAAGUUUAGACUUUUGAAACAUUUUGAUUUUGCAUUUGUAUGUCUGCAUACAUACCAGUCUGAAAGGGUACGCAGUCUCACACCAUAAAAGUUAAAGGGAUAGUCCACCCAAGAAUGAAAAUCUGAUGUUUAUCUGCUUACCCGCAUGGCAUCCAAGAUAUAGGUGACUUUGUUUCUUCAGUGCAAACUGAGAUUUUUAACCGAAAUCAUUGCAGUCUGUAAUCUUAUAAUGGAUGUGAAAGGGAAUCACAGAUAAAAUAUACAUUAAAAAACAAAACCAAUUUAAACCCUGCGGCUCGUGACGAUACAUUAAUGUGAAAAGACACAAAACGAUCAGUCUGUGCAAGAAACUGAACAGUAUUUAUAUAGUUUUUCUGAUUCACGCAACGUCCAAACUGUUAGAACUCUCCUCAACACGUCCUCCUGUGCAUAUUCUCAAGCAGGUGUGUGAGGCGUCUAAAUGCUUUACGGUUAAAUAACAAUAUAAAUACUGUUCCGUUUCUUGCGUAAAUCGAUCAUUUUGUGUCUUUACACAUCAAUGUAUUGUCACGAGCCGCAGGGUUUUAUUUUGGUUUUUUUGGGGGGUUUUUUUUUUUUUUAGAAGUGAUUCCCCUUCACAUCCAUUAUAAGACUGACAGACUGCAACGGUUUCAGUUAAAAAUCUCAGUUUGUGUUCUACUGAAGAAACAAAGUCACCUACAGUACAUCUUGUAUGCCCUGCGGGUAAGCAGAUAACCAACCCUUUAACAAAGUUGGAUAAAGAAAUUGUUUCCGGUUUUGUUUCCAUUGUCCUCAUGAAUGCAUUUUAAUGGUUCUGAUGGCAAGGGAAAACAUUGAGGAAAGGGGAUCCAUUUCAUGUUUGUUAUGAAUGUUGUUGAGUCACACCAGUAUUUCCAUUUUUACACUCAGUAGAAUGACAAAAAAUUGGCUGUAGACAUGCAGUUUACAGUUGAGUCACAAACCUGCUGUUUAUUUUAUACGAGGAAUACAACAUAUUUUAAAUAAUCAAAUUAAAAUGCUCUAGACUGUCUUGUAGAAAAUACAGUAGAUGUUGGUGUAAAUUGAUGGAAACAUACCAGUGGAGCAUCAGAUGGUGAUUGACUCUGUAUUAGAAUUUUGUUGGUUUGCAUAAAAGAAAAAACUCAUAUAUGUACACCGUUUUGACUAAAAUCUGAAUCAGAGCUCAAAUCCAGGAACAAAAUCAAAGAAUGUGAAGCUGUGUUGUAGCAUGAUCGUCAUAAGAAUGCCAGUACGUCAUGUUUUUUGUUCUGUUCUCCAAAAUUUUUUGGGUCAUAAAGGUUUAGCAUCUCUUGUUAUUACUAUUAACCCCAUUUGUUGGACUUAAGCGUUAAUGAAGAGUUUUUCCAGUGACUUAAAAGGUUUCUCUGUACAGGAAUUUGCUUCCUUUGCUACCAAACUUCUUUUGGACCCAGCUCUUUGAACUGUAAUAAAUGGUAAUGCACACACAA